GCUCGGGGACAUCAGUUCCGAUGAGAUCGAGCGUAUCCUGGAGGAGGCCGGGCCAGGCCUGGCCCAGCUCGAGGCCGAGUCCCGCGCACGUGCUCGAGUUGCCCGCAGCCAGCUACGAGACGAGCUGGAGCAGCAGCUGUGUGCCGUGUGCAGAGAUGCGAAGAAGGCGGUCCUGUUUCUCCCGUGCCAGCAUCUGUGCGUUUGCGAAGGGUGCCGGCAAAGACUUCGACCUUAUCGAUGCCCGAUGUGCCAG